AUACGCCGAACCUAAUUGUUCGCCGAACGCCCCGAUCCAUCUCAAGCUCGGUGACAUGGAAUCUCUCGCCGCCCUCCGCCCUUCGCGCCUUCCCCCGCCCUCGAAGCUGCCGCUGGCUGGGGGAGCACGCCUUGCCACCUCCUUCCGCUUCCACCACCUUUGCCCAUCUAUCCACGCCGACUCGCUGAGAGGUCGACUGCUCGAGGUUGCCGCCGUCUCCUCAUCUUCGUCGGCCGGCUUCAGUACUCAGCCGGAUGCAACAUCCCUUUCCCCUCCCCUCAAGAGGGUCUCGGUGGAUUCUCUGCAGUACGAAAGCGGCUACCUUGGGGGCAUUUCUGAGAAAACUUAUCCAUCGUCUGCGUUAGCGGCCGACGUUGGUCAAAACGGGGCGUUGAAUCCUAUGGAGUAUCUAACCAGUAUUUUGACCUCGAAGGUUUAUGAUGUGGCGAUCGAGUCGCCGCUGCAACGAGCGACGAAAUUGUCUGCGAGACUUGGAGUAGAUCUCUGGCUUAAGAGAGAGGACUUGCAACCGGUGUUCUCCUUCAAGUUGCGAGGAGCCUACAAUAUGAUGGCUAAACUUCCUCGGGAGCAAUUAGAUAGAGGAGUCAUUUGCUCAUCUGCUGGCAAUCAUGCACAGGGUGUUGCUUUGGCUGCUCAGAAACUAGGAUGUAAUGCAGUAAUUGUAAUGCCAGUGACCACACCUGAAAUCAAGUGGCGUUCAGUUGAGAGGUUAGGUGCAACUGUCAUCCUAAAGGGGGAUUCAUAUGAUGAAGCACAAACAUAUGCAAAGCAAUGUGGAGAGGAGGAAGACCGUACAUUCAUACCCCCUUUUGAUCAUCCUGAUGUUAUUGCAGGUCAGGGAACUAUUGGGAUGGAAAUCAUUCGCCAAAUGAGUGGUCCUAUACACGCAAUAUUUGUACCGGUCGGUGGUGGUGGGUUAAUAGCAGGAAUUGCUGCUUAUGUAAAACGGGUCCUCCCAGAGGUAAAGAUCAUUGGAGUAGAACCUUCUGAUGCAAAUGCAAUGUCAUUAUCUCUAUUUCAUGGGGAGAGAAUUAUGCUAGAACAAGUGGGAGGAUUUGCAGAUGGUGUGGCUGUAAAAGUGGUUGGAGAAGAGACAUUCCAUUUGUGCAGGGAACUAGUUGAUGGAGUGGUUCUUGUUGGUCGUGAUGCCAUUUGUGCAUCCAUAAAGGAUAUGUUUGAGGAGAAAAGAAGCAUACUAGAACCAGCUGGUGCUCUUGCUCUAGCUGGGGCAGAGGCCUAUUGCAGAUACUAUGGUUUGAAAGGUGAAGCUGUUGUUGCUAUAACAAGUGGUGCAAACAUGAAUUUUGACAGACUGAGAAUUGUGACUGAACUUGCUGAUGUUGGUCGCAAACGAGAGGCUGUUUUGGCAACCAAUCUACCAGAGGAGAAAGGGAGUUUUAAGAAAUUCUGUGAAUUGGUUGGUCCUAUGAACAUUACAGAGUUCAAGUACAGAUAUGAUUCACGUAAAGAAAAUGCUCUUGUUCUUUAUAGUGUUGGUGUUCAUAUUGAUUCUGAACUUGCAGCAAUGGUGCUUAGAAUGGAGCACGCCCAACUUAAAACUUUUAACCUCACCAAUGAUGACUUGGCAAAAGAUCAUCUUAGAUACUUUAUGGGUGGGCGAUCAAAUGUUCAAAAUGAAAUACUGUGUCGAUUUAUAUUCCCAGAGAGACCAGGUGCUCUAAUGAAAUUCUUAGACUCCUUCAGUCCCCGUUGGAACAUAAGCUUGUUCCAUUAUCGAGCACAGGGCGAAACCGGCGCAAAUGUACUGGUCGGCAUUCAAGUUCCAGGAGAGGAUCUGGAAGAAUUCAAGAACCGUGCCGAGAAUGUUGGCUACGAGUAUACAUAUCAGAUGAACAAUGAGGCCUAUCGUCUGUUGAUGCAGUGAGCAUACCUUCGGUGCGCAGGCGAAGUUCUUAUAGUGAAAGUUUGGUUGGAAUAUUCAAUUAUAACUUUGAAGUUUGUUGUCACAAUUAUAUUAUAGUUUGGAAGUUUGUGGGCAACGUUCUUACCCUAGUCUAUGUAUUGUUGAUUAAUCUUCUCUGGUGGACUUUUAGGAUUACAAACUUUUAUCAAAUAUAAAAAUUAAGAAUUACAAUGUC